UUACAGACAAUUAGUUGGGAAGUACAGGUUACUAUGACUAUAACAUGACCAUUUUAGUAUACACACUACCACCACUAGCAUGAUAAUGUGCAACAUGCUUGUGGUAUGGUGUGUUUUAAUAAAACUUUGGUUACACAUGCAUGGUUACAUUUGAUCAGCUUACCGUAUUUCUACCUUAUAUUUUAGGUUUGUACUGCCUACUGUUAAAAGCGGGGUAUAGCAUUGUAGGUUGUGCAUGUGCACCGGGUUUAGUGCCACUAUUUUAUCAAGUAGCUUGGUGCUACUGUUCAUUCUACUUGUUUCACUCUCCACAAGAUGGCAGUACGUUUUGUUUUGAUAAUCAUGCAGUUGGCUUUAUGGCUUUAAAUGACCAAUUCUUCUGAAGUGAGAACUAGAGCUAUAGCUUACUAGCAAGUGUUGUGUCGACUAAAGUUGUUUUGACUAAAGUAAAGUAGUUAGGUAACAGUUUGCUAAAUGUUGUGUUGCAAAUUUAGAAAUCAUCACCAGUCUCUUGUGAUCCAGCUGUUCUUACUGGUCCUCGAGGUCUUCCUGGUCCUGUGGGUCAGAGGGGCAUGCCUGGGGUACCAGGAACACAAGGCUUGUCAGGCUUACCAGGAACAUUGGGAAAGACGAGAGAUCCAGGUCCCAUUGGUGCACAAGGUCUUCCUGGUCGUGUUGGCCCACCAGGUCAGAAGGGGUCCAUUGGUCUGCCAGGUGAAAAGGGUGUUUUGGGAGUGAGAGGGAAGGCUGGGCUGAAAGGAGAAAAAUGCAGCAUCGGAUUGCAAGGUGCUGUUGGAUUGAAAGGAGAACGAGGUGACAUAGGACAAAAGGGUGAAAAUGGAGGAAAAGGAGAAGUUGGUCGUAGAGGAGAUCACGGUAUUCAAGGUCCAGUGGGUCCAAGAGGUUUACAAGGAGUUAGAGGAUACCCUGGACACAAAGCAGAGGUAAGUUUAGUUUACUGUUUAUUACCAGAGGAACGGAUAUCCGGGCUAAGAAAGGUUCACAAGAGUGGAGACUUGUGA